AUGACAUAUAAAACCAACUACGAGUUAUGGAACCCCGCACUCACUUCCCGCCGCCCGUCGCAAAUGUCAGAUAUCGACCUCGUCCUGUCGCAGACAUACCCGCACGUCGCCAUGCUACCCUACAUGCAAUGCCAGCACUGCAACUACGAAGAGCCUGAGGAGACCAACAAUAAUAACAACGACGACAACGACGAACAUCCUAGCAGUCCAACCAGCUUCAUAACCACUUUUUCGUCGUCCUCAAUCGGCUCGGAGGAUAAUGGCGAUGCUUUAUCGACGACAACGUCAAGUCCGCACGGCUGGUUGUGUCUCGAUAAUCGAAAACGGUCAAAGAUUCGACGUCGGCUGAGGCAGUUGUUGAAACGCUCGAACUGA